AUGGCGGACACUCCUCAAUCAGAAUUGACUCACAGGGACGCUCAGGUUGUUUCUGAGCAUCUUCCUACCGGAUAUGGAGCCACAUUCGAUGGCUCUUCCGAGUCUCCGGCAAACGGGGCUCCAACGGCGUUGAGCUCUGCAGAGCCCGAGGAGAUUUCAUCUCUCAGAUUGCCCGGAGGCGAUAUUCAUCGCGACCUGUUCAUGAUUCAGCAGAGGGCGGAGCGAGCCAAGUUGCACCAGAGAUCCAACACCUUCCACUACCCGCAACAGCUCCGCCAAGAAGACGAAGAUGAUGAAGGCCUCGCAAUCAGCAAUCAAAUGGCGCCUGGUGGAUUUCGUCGCGCAUUCAUUCAGCAACAACAAGGUCAGCAAUUCUUGGCGGCGAGGUUGCCAGUAACGAGGAACUUUGUCGAGUUCUUGGACUUGUACGGUGCCUUCGCCGGAGAGGAUCUUGCCGACUCGGACGACGAAGCCAUCGAGAGCGACGAAGAGGAUGUGGAAAAUCGUCCUUCCGAGCAGAGGCCGUUGCUUGGGCGUAGAAAAUCCACCCGUGUCGCGAGAGCAGCCACAGCCAGUACUACCAAGACCUUCUUCACAUUGCUCAAGGCUUUCAUUGGUACUGGAAUCAUGUUCCUUCCCAAGGCUUUCCGCAACGGCGGGUUGGUUUUCUCUUCCGUCACCAUGGUCUUGGUUUCAUCGGUCACCAUGAUUGCUUUCCACCUGCUUCUGCAGUGCAAGCAGCGCCAUUCAGGUGGUUAUGGUGAAAUAGGCCAGGCGAUUGCAGGUCGUGGAGCCCGGAACCUCAUCAUGGGCUCCAUCACCUUUUCACAGGUGGGCUUCGUCUGUGCUGGAAUCGUCUUCGUGGCCGAGAACAUGCAGGCUUUCGCGGAGGCUGUCACGCAAGGCAACGGCAGCCCCGUGUCGGCUGUUACCAUCAUUCUAUGCCAGCUUGCUGUCCUUAUUCCAUUGUCAUGGAUUCGCAACAUCUCCAAGCUUGGACCUGCUGCUCUGCUUGCCGACGUUUUUAUCAUGAUCGGAGUUGGCUAUAUCUACUACUACGACAUCGGAACUCUGGCAAGCGAGGGUGUCCACAAGACUGUGGUCAUGUUUAACCCUGACCACUACACGAUGAUGAUCGGGUCAGCCAUCUUCACCUUUGAAGGUAUUGGGUUGAUACUGCCGAUCCAGUCUUCGAUGGCGAAGCCAGAGAAAUUUGAGCCUCUCCUCGGCCUGAUCAUGCUGAUCAUCACGAUCAUCUUCACCAGCGUUGGAGCGCUAUGUUAUGCAACCUUCGGAGAAGAUACAUACAUAGAAAUCAUCAACAACUAUCCGAGGGACAGCAAAUUUGUACAGGCCAUGCAGUUCCUGUACUCGAUAGCAAUCCUGGUUGGCAACCCUGUGCAGCUCUUCCCCGCCCUCCGUAUUAUCGAAGGUGGUAUUUUUGGACGCCACUCGGGCAAAAAGAGUCUCACGACUAAAUGGACCAAGAACGGUUUCCGAACCUUGAUGGUCCUCAUUUGUGGUGGUAUUUCGAUCCUGGGUGCUGGCAACCUCGACCGAUUUGUUGCUCUCAUCGGAUCUUUCGCCUGCGUACCGCUUGUGUACAUCUACCCGCCGUACCUGCACUACAAGGGAGUCGCCACUACGACCAAGGCCAAGAUUGGAGACCUUGUUUUGAUGGUGUUGGGAUUGGUUUGCAUGGUGUACACCACGGUUGUUACGAUCAAGAACAGCUUCAUGUAA